UCUAUGGGUGGAACCACACACACGUUUGUACGGUAACAUUAGUACCGUUUAGUAACUUUACCAGCUGUUCACCUACUUUGGCCGACGAAGACGUAACCAGCUGUUAAUAAGUAAAAACAUCUGCUUUCAUAACCUAUCGGUAAUAUAAAGAAUCAUCGAUGAACGGAGUUUCAGACAGUGGAGGCCUCCUGUCUCCUGAAGUACUCGUGGUUGAGAAUGUCAGUCAUCACUGUAUUGAGCUGAGCUGGAGAGCAGUGCAGGAGGACCGCAGCGGCCCCACUGAACAGUGGACUCGCUUUGCUGUGGAGCAGAUGGAUCCCAAAACACAAACACCUGGUACCAUAUAUAUAGGAUACAGCACUCAUUAUAUUGUGGAGGAAUUAGAGCCCUGUACAUUAUAUCAAUUCAGACUGAAGAUCAGCAGACCAAAUGGGGAGUGCUGUCUCACCCCGGUUGUCUCAGCCUCCACAUCUAGGGAGCCACUGAAUGGCAAACAUCUGCACCAAGCUGUAAACUGGAAUGAUGAAGAGGAGCUGAGCACAGUGUUGCAGUCAGGAAGAGUAAAUGUGAAUGUUUGUGACAAACUGGGACUCACACCACUCAUGGUGGCUGCACAGAAAGGUUUUAUCAGGAUGGUCCAAAAACUGGUAGAAUACGGUGCUGAUGUUCAUAUGAAGAAUAGCAGUGGUAAAGACUCUCUGAUGCUGGCCUGUUUUUCUGGUCAUUUGGAUAUUGUGAUGCACCUACGCAAGUUUGGGGCCACAUGGCAGUCUCGGGACGUAAGUGGUUGCACUCCACUCCACUUGGCUGUAGUCGGGGGCCACCUGCCUGUCAUAGCCUACAUGAUUCAGGAUGGCUGUGAGCUGGAUGUACGGGACACCGUGGCUCAGUGGACUCCUCUCAUGAAUGUGUCAGUAGUGAGCGGAAACUCUGCCGUGGCCUCACUUCUCAUCCAAGCCGGAGCUGAUGUCAACGUCCGAGACAAGGACGGAAAGACGCCACUUAUGGUAGCUGUGCUAAACAACCAUGAACAGCUGGUGAAGCUCCUGCUGGAUAGUGGUGCGGACCAGCAUGUGAAAAAUAAGUUUGGAUCAGGUGCAGUAGAAAUGGCCAAAGCUGGUGGAAAGCAGAACAUCAUCGACUUGUUGGAGGGAAGGAUUCUUUAGAUUUGGCAUCAAAAAGAGAACAGUACAAAAGUAGAGAUGGCAAGAUGCAAAUUUUUUCCUACACGGAUAUACACAAAUUUUUUCUACACUGAAUACCUUGAGUACUACCUAACUCCACUGCUUACUUUUCCAUAACAAAAACUAAGCCUUCAUUUUUACUUUUUUUUUUUUCUUUUUUUUUUAAACUGAAGCACUUAAAAAAUACAGGAAAACAUAUAUAGCUAAAAACAUGACUUACACAAAACCUUUUUUUUUUUUCACAAAAUCAAUUACACUGCAUAAAAACUAAAGUAUAAAUGUAAUAAAAAUCAAUUCUAACAUAAAACACAAUAAUAUAACUAUAUUCCAGGUUUAUAUUAAUGCACUUGUCAUAUUGUUUCUAUAGUAAUUUACAUUUCAACUUGUAUGGCAGAUUCACCACAUGUGUAACAGUUAAAUCAAUCUAUUAGAUGUUAAUUUUUUGUAUAAUUGUAAGGAGUCUUCAGUGUCAGCACUGGUGAGAAGAAAAGCUGUGAACUCUAAAAGUAUUUGGAAGUUGCAGUUUCCUCAUUUUCUUUUUUUGUGAUUUAUAAACAAAAAAAGUAAUGUAUUGUUCUUACGAAUGUCGGCAUAGUGGUACAUUUGCAUUUCACCUCAGGCGGCUGAAGAUUCGUUUCCCACCUCUGCCCUGAGUGAGUGGAGUUUACAUGUUUUUCCCGUGCUUCGGUGGUUCCUACCCGGUACGCCGGUUUCAUUCCCCAGACCAAAGACUCAUGUUGUAGGCUGACUAGCAUCUCUAAAUUGUUCGUAAUGUGUGAUUAUGUGUGUGUGAAUGUGCCCUGUGAUGGAUUGACCCCCCAACCAGGGUGUCCACUGCAUUGUGCCCCUGGGAUAGAUUCCAAAUUCUAUUAGACCCUGGGAGUGGAUAGAUGGAUGGAUGAAGGGAUGGAUGGAUGAAUAUUCUUAUAAAUAAAGAAAGAAUAGCAAACUGCUGUGGACUUCAGUGUGUUGUUAUAGGAAAAUAUAACCCAUUAAAUCCAUAAAGCAGGACUUCCUAUCAUGGAUUAUUCCUUACUUGCAGUCAGAUGAACAUCAUUAAACAUACUUUAUCAUUUCAUUUCAUUUCAUUGUCUGCUUAUCCGAUCUAUAAUCGGGUCACAGGUGCCUAUCUCAGGCAUCAUUGGGCAUCAAGGCAGGUUACACCCUGGACAGAGUGCCAGUCCAUCGCAGGGCACACACACUCAUUCACUACAGGCAAUUUAGAGACUUCAAUCAGCCUAGAAGCAUGUCUUUGGACUGUGGGAUUCCUUUGGUUUUCAUUUUGGGAAGAGAUUUCCAUGGUUGAUUCAUUAAGCAGCACAACAUCUUAACAUGAUUCAGUGAUGAAAAGUAAAGCCUUUUUUUAUUUUUUAUUUCUUAUUUUUUUUACUUUUCAAUUUUUGAAUAAUGCCAGACACAAUAACAGUUCAAGUUCACUUGAAAAUUCACAC